CUGUCGACAAGCAGUGGAAACAGAAGCGCUGAAAUUUCACUGCUCGAUGCGAAGGAGUACGUUCCUGCACAACGCAGACUACUGCUAGUGUUAGGAGCGAGUGGUCUGGGUAUAAUACUCCUUCUGAUAAUCAUAGCAUGCAUAAUGGGACGUCGGUCAAAGCUAAAACGAGGAGCUCCUCUCAAAAAGAUGUCACAAAAAGGAGUGCGAUGGUCCGCAGAAAUAGCCUCAAGAAGUAGUGGUUCAGUAGAGACAGGUCCAGUAUCGAUAGCUUCAAAGAGCAGCGGUUCAGCAGAGAAGGCGCCAGUAGUACCGAAAGCUUCCAAGAGCAGCGGUUCGGCAGAAAAAGCACCAGUAUUGAGAGACUUGAAGAAUAGCGGUUCCGUAGAGAAAGCGUCAGCACUGAAAGGAAGCAGAGAGAAGAGCUAG